CUUGUUUUGACUUCACUUCUCGAAUUGUGAAGUCGAGUCCACCACACAAUGCCUCAAUUACCGACUCUACGAGCCAGCAAUCGCUCUAUUGCAGCUCUGCCACGGGCAUUGGCUCCCCGCCAUGGGCCAUUGACCUGCCGUAGGUUCAAGUCGGGUCCGUACGGCUACACGCAGGCAAAAGCUCUCGUCUACUCCAAAUAUGGAGAGCCAGCUGAUGUCCUCUCUCUACACACGCACUCCAUCUCGCCCUCGCUCCCCUCUAACUCCCUCCUCCUGCGCGCCCUCGCAACGCCCAUAAACCCCGCGGAUAUAAACCAGAUCCAGGGCGUCUACCCAGCAAAACCACCCUUCACCUCCCUCCUCGGGACAUCUGAGCCCAGCGCCGUUGGCGGUAACGAGGGCUGCUUCGAAGUUGCGUCCGUCGGAGCGUCCGUCAAAUCCGUGAGCAAGGGCGACUGGAUCAUAAUGAAGCACACGGGAUUCGGGACAUGGCGCACGCACACGCUCGCCGAGGAAUCGGACGUGCUCAAAGUAAACAAGGAAGGAUUGACGCCCAUCCAAGUCGGCACUGUGUCGGUGAACCCAUGCACUGCGUAUCGGAUGCUGAAGGAUUUCGAGGAUAUAAGGGAGGGCCAGUGGUUCAUCCAGAACGGAGCCAACAGUGGUGUGGGAAGAGCGGCGAUCCAGCUGGGUAAGCAAUGGGGUCUGAAAUCUAUAAAUAUCAUUAGAGAUAGACCGGAUCCGGCGGCGACAGAGGCGAUGAAGAAGGAGCUCCUAGAACUCGGUGCCACGAAGGUAGUCACCGAGUCCGAACUCAUGGACAAAGGAUUCGCGGACCAGGUCAAGGAAUGGACGAAUGGCGGCCGGGAAAAGGUUAAGAUCGGACUGAACUGCGUAGGAGGCAAGCCCACAUCCGCAUUAGUGAAAUGCCUCUCCCCAUCCGGCCACCUCGUCACCUACGGCGGCAUGUCCAAGCAACCGCUCCAACUCCCCACCGCAGCCCUGAUCUUCAAAGACCUGAAAUUCAGCGGCUUCUGGGUCAGCCGCUGGAGCGACGCGAACCCCGACGAGAAGCGCCGCAUGGUCUACGAGAUCCUGGAGAUGACCAGGCUCGGCAUGUUCAAGGACGUCCCCGUCCAGCAGCUGACCUGGGACUGGUCCACCGAGGAGAGCGUCCUGAAGGAUGCCGUGCAGGGCACCCUCGGUGGCUUCAGAGCUGGGAAGGGCGUCUUCGUUUAUGGCGAUACAUGAGUUUAGAUCUAUAUCCCAUAUUAUAUAGAAUAUUUUAAGCCCUAGCU